AUGUUAAAUAAGUAUACUUUGACAUUUAAAGACAAAAUCUUAGAAUAGAAAUACUAGGACUUUUAAACGCAGCAGAAGAGGAAGCCAUUACUGUAAAAAAUCAUUUUUACCACAUUUAUUGUAAUUAUAACAAAACUAAUUUCCUCUAUAAUAAACUUUAGUUACAAAGAGAUAUACUUUACAAUUGGAUACUUAGCAGGCAAUAUAGGGCUGAUUGUGAUUUUUAAAUUUUAACCACAAUGGAUUAGAUGGGUGCUGAUGAUGAUUAACUAUAUACUUUUAUUUGUUUAUUCUGAACCUGAUGAUGGGAAAGCGCAAUUCCAAUAUUAACUUGCCUCAGCUUUGAUUAUUUCCUUCUAGUUUAUAGUUAUGAGGACUGGAGAAUUUAUUGAUACUUUGAUCCAAGUAGUUUCAUUCUACUCAUUUUAUUUUAUUUAUUUACUGCUUUACCAACCAAAUUUUUCUAUUUCAGUAGCAUUAGCAACAUUUUUAGUUGUAUUUUUACUGAUAAUUACAUUUUAUGAAAAUGUUUCUGCUGAAAGAUCGAAGUUCUAGCUUACAAUAGUAGAUGACAAAUGGGAGGAAGUACUUUAAAAUAUAUUAGUUGAACCUUGUGUGAUGUUCAGUUUUAAUUACUUAAACAGCUCAUUUAUUUUUAAGAGGUCUAUUGAAUUUAUGUUUACAAUAGAAACAACUGAUUAAUUAAAAUAGUUCUUAAGAAAAUCAAAAGUGAACUAGGAUAAAAAAAUAAAUUUAGAAGAUUUUAUAUAUAAAAAGGUGAAAGAAUUGGAAAGUGAUCAUAUGUAACUUUGGAACCAGAAGGUGACUAUUUAUUAUGAAAAAAAAGUUCAGGAUGUCUAUUUCUCAAUAUUAUAGGGAACAUCUCCUAUAAUAUUAAUCAAAGUGAAGCAAUUCAAGUUCUAAAGCAAUGAGAAAGUUUCAGAUAUAGAAAAUUAGUAUUAAUACAAAUACAAAAUGCUGAUAAAGAGUAUUUUACUCCAAUUAAGACUGGUUGGUUAAUUUUAAUUUCCUGCUCUAACUGCCAUAUUUAAGAUUAUAAUGUAUCAUUAUUUACUUGAGAAACUUGAAUACAAAUAAAUUACAAAGAUAAAAAUAGAUAAAAUUAUCAAUUAAUUGAGAUUAGUCUAUCCUUAGAAGCAAAUAUCUGUUGAAAUACUUUAACUGGGAUCUCCAAUCUUUGGGUAAAGAGACUCAUUAUGCUUGAUUUUGAUGGAAGUUUUCGAAACAAUACUAUCAAACUAAAUUCAUUUAAAAGUAAUCAAUUAACAUGGCUCAACCUAAUUGCAAAUUUAUGGAGUCCUCAAUGAAAGAGCGAAAGAAAAAUUAAAAUCCAGACUUCUUAAUUACUAAAGUAUAUUGGAGAAUGUUGAUAUUACUGAUUUAUGUGUUAAUUUGGGAAUUACUAACGAAAUGCAAUCUUUGGACUGGGUGAUAAAGCAAUGA